GACAAAGGUAAUAAUUAAUAAUAUCCAUAUACACGGUAUAAGAAAUAUAUAUUAAACCGUGCCAGAUAGUAUAAUAUUGGUAUAAUAUCGCGAGAUGUCUGACCGAAUUUCGUGUGGGCAUUCGAUUCAUCUCUGUUCUGCUGUUUUCUUGAGCCCUUAUAGUACGAUUUAUGUAGUCGUGCACUUGACAUAAAUCAACUGUUCUGUUGCAGUUUAAUUCAAUUAGAAUGUCGCUACAGGAACUGUGGGGGUUCAAGCACCCGAUUGGAUGAAACCGUGAACAGCUGAUUUAUGUCAAGUGCAUGGUCAAAGAAAUAAAGAUCUUGCGUUAAUCAGCGCGUGGUGUUGAAUGUUUUUGAACUCGACGGCUUAUUGAAAAACUUGUUGUUUUGCUGUUGUUAGUUUGAAGUGAAUCGGCCGUGUUUAGAACUUUGCUACUUCUUUCGUAAAUUGAGCGUUUGUUUCGAAACUGUUGGCAGUUAUUUUCAAAGUGUUGUGCAUGCAAAAUUACAUUUUGUGGUAUUGUGAGUACGUCGAUGCUUAGGUAAAGAAAGCUUAUACUGGAGUAUUGCAUAUCUUUAUAAUGCCCCCUACUAUACGUUUGGCUAGUGAACGUGUAGAAUUGAGGAAAGUUCAAGAUGAUAACCCCCCACAAAUAUACACACCAGGAGAGGUGGUGCAUCAAGGAACUGACUAUCUAAGAGGUCAUGGUACAUAUCUGGAUGAGGAUUGUGUGAAAUCGUCAGUGGCAGGCAUUUGUCAAAAAAUUAAUAAAUGGCUCAUAGUUCGUCCAAUCAAGAAACGUUACAAUGGUGAAGUAGGGGAUGUUGUAGUGGGUCGAAUUUCUGACCUGCAAAUGAAGAGAUGGCGAGUUGAUACUAAUGCUAGGCUGGAUUCUAUUCUGUUAUUGUCAUCUGUGAAUCUUCCUACAGGAGAAUUGCGUAGGAGGUCAGCCGAAGAUGAAGCAACAAUGAGAAAAUAUUUACAAGAAGGGGAUUUAAUUUGUGCAGAAGUUCAACAAGUGUUUAAUGACCACUCCUUAUCUCUUUAUACGAGAAGUUUGAAGUAUGGCAAACUUGGUCAAGGAACACUUGUAAAAGUAUUUCCUUCUUUGGUGAAAAGGCAAAAAACACAUUUCCAUGAUUUUCCAUGGGGCACUAGUGCAAUUUUGGGAAACAAUGGUUAUAUUUUUAUAUAUCCUACCUCUCAGCGUUCUGGGAAAGAAGGUGAUGGAUAUAAAGAAGAUGCUGAAGAGACAAUUACUUUGGAGGAAAGAGAAAAUAUUGCCAGAGUGCGGAACUGCAUUGUGGCUCUAGCUCACUAUAAACAGAUGUUGUAUGAUACAAGCAUUGCUGUGGCAUUUGAAGAAUCUAAAAAAUACGAGAUCACCCAACUUCUUACUCCAGAAGUAAUGGCAAAAAUUGCAAGUGUUGCUCAACAAUCACUUCUUCAACAUAGUAGAAACCAUUAACCUUGUUCGUAAGAUUUUUUUGUCUAAGAAAAAUAUACUCAACUGAGUUUGGAAUUUGUUUUUUUUCUUUCUUUAAACAACCUGUUAUAUUCCUUGUU